UCGUUAAACAGUAUAAGCAAUUCAACCCUAUAUGGAUUGCAAUUAGAGACCAAGACGGACAAAUGUUAAUGGAGCCAGAGUCAAGAGCUGAGAGAUGGAAAGGAUAUUUUGAAGAACUACUAAAUGGUAGGAUGCCAGCCCAGCCUGUAUCACAUACCGAAUAUGAAAGAGCGGAGCCUUACAUAGAAGAUGUUAGUCUAGAAGAAGUAAUAAUUGCAAUAAGUGGCCUAAAGAAUUGGAAAGCACCAGGUACCGAUGAUAUUCCAGCAGAACUCAUAAAAUAUGGAGGUAAGGAGUUACAUGUAGUAAUCCACAGACUGUGCCAGCUAAUAUGGAUGGAAGAACGGGUACCGGAGAGCUGGAAUGAGGCGAUCAUUAUACCAUUACACAAAAAAGGAGACAAGACAAAAUGUGACAACUAUAGAGUGAUAUCGCUCUUGAACUCCGCGUACAAGGUCUUCUCUAGAAUUUUACUAGAUCACAUUGUCCCAUAUGCGGAGAACUCUCUAGGUGAAUACCAAUGCGGUUUUCGGAAAGGUCGCUCAACCACAAAACAAUUAUUCAUAAUAGGCCAAAUUAUUGAAAAGAGGUACGAAUAUCGACAGAAUAUGUGGCAACUUUUCAUAGAUUUUAAAAAAGCCUAUGAUAGUAUCCACAGAGAGAGUCUCUACAACAUUAUGUACGAGUUUGGUUUCCCAAAAAACUAAUAGCGCUUACUAAAAUGUGUAUGGAAAACACGAAAUACAGAGUAAGAACACAAAAUAUAACAUCAGAAACCUUUACAGUAGAAACCGGACUAAAACAGGGGGAUGCCCUGUCAUCAGUACUCUUCAAUCUUGCCCUUGAGAAGGUAGUAAGGAUACUACAAGAGAGUGAAGGGGGCCUGUCAAUUGGUCAAAAUAAGAUACGGCUCCUCGGUUUCGCUGAUGACUUAGAUAUAAUAGGUGAGUCACUUGCAAACACAGCCAACGCAGCAACAGUGUUAGAACAAGCAGCGAAGAAAAUAGGUCUUGAGAUAAACACUCAGAAAACAAAGAUAAUGGAACUCAUUGAUAGUGGGGAGGACCCUAGUGAGACAGAAAAUCUAGCCUAUUAAAAAGUUAGCGAUUUUAAGUAUCUGGGAGCAACGUUAAGUACAAAGAAUGAUUGGUCAAGGGAAAUAAGUAUGCAGAUAAAUAAAGCUCAGAAAACGUUCUACGCACUGACAAAGUUCUUCACAUCCAGAAUGUUGGCCAGGAAAACGAAAGUAAGACUAUACGUGGCUAUUAUACGACCGACUCUCGCGUAUGGCUGCAAAGCUUGGACAACGACCAAACAAGUAGAAAGAAACCUGAGAACUUUUGAACACAGAGUAUGGAGAAAAAUAUGUGGACCUGUCUUUGAUGAAACAAUGGGGAAUUGGCGAAGGAGGUACAAUAGAGAGNUUGGAUUUAGCACCAGUAACAAGCUUCAUUAAGAGUCAAAGAAUACAAUGGUUAGGCCACAUAAUGAGAAGACGAGAGAACGAAGUAGUUAGAGGAGCAUUGGAAUGGAAGCCACAAGGUAAAAGACCAAGAGGCAGACCUAGGAAAAGAUGGAUAGACGUAGUAGAAGAAGACUUAAAAAUCCUUGGAGUUGAGAACUGGAGAGAGACAGCCCAAGAUAGGGAUAGGUGGCGAAGUGUAGUAAUGGCGGCUAAAACUCUUAGAGAGUAG